CGCCGCUUUCUCUCUCAAAUGGUGAUCGAUGUUCAUAUUUGUAAAAUGUUUUCUUUUUCUCCAAAUUCACAGUAAAAAGAUAUGAAUUCUCUAAAAUCUUUGAGAUACAGUAGCAUUAGAGAAGUUUUAACACAUCAAAACCCAACAAAGUCUCCAUUUUUAUGUCCACUUUACUUCUACAAUCAAAAAAGAUGGUUAAAGCCUGUAGAUUCAGCACAAACUAGGUUAGAGAAUCGAACAAGAGAUCAUCGAUUAGACACACUUAUUGCCCAGAUUAGGAAACUAAACAUCAUUCUCGAGAUUUCUAGACUUUGUUGUAGCAAAAAGCGUGGUCCUUUUGUGUCUUUGCAGCUUAUGUCUAGAUGGAAGAAUCUCGUUGGUUUGAAUGUAAAUGUUGGAGCUUUUAUUGGUAAGUAUCCUCAUGCUUUUGAGAUCUUUACACAUCCUUUUAGGAAGAAUCUGUGUUGUAAGAUUACUGAGAAGUUUAAGGUUUUGAUUGAUGAGGAAGAGAGUGUUGUUAGAGAGUGUGAGGUUGAUGCUGUGAAGAGGGUAAAGAAGUUGUUGUUGAUGUCGAAAACCGGUGUUCUUCGUGUUCAUGCUUUGAGGUUGAUUAGAAAGGAAUUGGGUUUGCCUGAGGAUUUUCGAGAUUCGAUUUUGGCUAAGUAUAGUUCAGAUUUCAGGUUGGUUGAUUUGGAGACUUUGGAGUUAGUUGAUGGAGGUGGUGAGAAUGAGAGUUUGUGUGUGGCAAAAGUUGAGGAGUGGAGAGAAGUUGAAUAUAGAGAGAAAUGGUUGAGUGAGUUUGAGACGAAUUACGCGUUUCCGAUUCAUCUUCCUACAGGAUUCAAGAUUGAGAAAGGUUUCAGAGAAGAGUUAAAGAAUUGGCAAAGGGUUCCUUAUGUGAAGCCAUAUGAGAGAAAGGAGAUUUCUCGAGGGUUAGAGAGAUUCGAGAAGCGAGUUGUUGCAGUGAUCCAUGAGCUUCUGAGCUUAACGGUAGAGAAAAUGGUUGAAGUCGAGAGAUUAGCUCAUUUCCGAAAGGAUCUUGGCAUUGAAGUAAAUGUCAGGGAAGUAAUAUUGAAACAUCCCGGGAUUUUCUAUGUAUCGACGAAAGGAAGUACGCAGACUUUGUUUCUAAGAGAAGCUUAUAGCAAAGGCUGUUUGAUUGAGCCAAAUCCGAUAUACAAUGUGCGGAGGAAAAUGCUGGAUCUUGUGUUGUUGAAAACGCGACAUACGAGAAAGUUGUUACAAACAGAAGAUGAAACUCAUGAAGAAGAGAAGAGUAGAGAUGUUUUGACUAGCUCUCAUGAAGAUUGGGAAGGAGAGAGAGAUGGAGAUUGGGUCUUACCAAUUCUGGGGAAAUGAAGUCUGUGCAAAAGUCUCAUCUUAAUGUAUGAAAGUGUAUUAGAUUGAUCUUGUUUGUGAAUUAGAUGAUCCUAUCUCUCAUAUCUCUGCAGAGUUUUGUUCUUGUGGCCAUAACUGUAAUUAUGAUUUGGUGGGUUUUGAUUUGAAGGAUUGAGCAGGAGGAAGAGGAACACAAAAUGAAGAUUACUUCAUCAGAAAAUCACUAACUACAGUAGUAUGUAUUUUUAUUGAUUAAAUUAUUUAAAAUUUCCU